CCCAGCUCGCUUCCUCCCUCCCCCCACACCGGCCACGCCCAUACAUACGGAUCCCACCACCGCAGCGCGCGAUCCUUCCGUAGCAACCUCCGUUCGCCGUCCCCGUCCCCCGGCCACGUGGGAGCGAAGAAGCCACCACCGCCGCCGCCCGCCUCCGGCCGGCCCCGCGCGCGCGCGCCCCCCAUGGACAAUAAGGACAAGGAGAAGGAGCACGAGCAGACCGCGUCGGGCCGGAACCCCGACGUGACGAACGACGUCGAGGAGGAGGAGGAGGACGAGGAGGGCAACAAGCGCGCCGUCGUGCUCGGCCCCCAGGUCCCCCUCAAGGAACAACUCGAGCUCGACAAGGAUGAUGAGAGCCUGAGGAGGUGGAAGGAGCAGCUCCUUGGGCAGGUUGAUACUGAACAGCUUGGAGAAACUGCUGAGCCGGAGGUGAAGGUGCUGAACCUGACCAUCCUGUCGCCAGAGAGGCCUGACCUUGUCCUGCCGAUCCCGUUCGUCCCCGACGAGAAGGGCUACGCCUUCGCGCUCAAGGACGGCAGCACUUACAGCUUCCGCUUCAACUUCAUCGUCUCCAACAACAUCGUGUCAGGCCUCAAGUAUACCAACACUGUCUGGAAGACUGGAGUAAGAGUGGAGAACCAGAAGGUGAUGCUGGGGACAUUCAGUCCCCAGCUAGAGCCAUACACGUAUGAGGGUGAAGAGGAGACCACCCCUGCUGGCAUGUUUGCAAGAGGUUCCUAUUCUGCUAAACUAAAGUUUGUUGAUGACGAUGGAAAGUGCUACUUGGAGAUGAGUUACUACUUUGAGAUUAGGAAGGAGUGGCCAGCCACUCAAUGAUUGUGUGGAACUAAAAAAAUGCUUCAGAAACAUGUUAGCUCCUAGCUAAGCCAAGGCAGAUGCAUGCGCUGUUGCUUCUAGAAAUGAUUCACUGUGUCGUCGUUAAAGGCCUUUAAUUUGUUUUGAGUUUGUCGCACUUUCUUUCUUUCCUUUUCUCAUCUUUUCCCUGCUCUUUGGUCGCAUAAUGUUUAUUCGAACAUAUAUAAUCGAUUCUCUCUAUCUGGAGACACUGAUAUAUAUAUUUAUGUACC